AUGAAAUUGAGCAUGGAAAUUGCACUUCUCAUUCCAAAUCUAUGGUGGUGGGACAAAAUCAACAACUCCGUUAUUUGGCAGACCUCUAUUUUCUACUUCCUCUCUGCAUCUUAUGCUCUCGUCUCCUUAGUCGCUCUCUUUCAAUUGGUAAGAAUUGAGCUACGAGUUCCUGAAUAUGGAUGGACUACGCAGAAGAUUUUUCAUCUCAUGAAUUUCAUUGUCAAUGGAGUGCGUGCUCUGGUUUUUGGAUUGCACAAGCUAGUUUUUCUUUUGCAUCCUAAGGUCUUUAUUUUGGUGCUAUUAGAUCUGCCAGGACUUCUGUUUUUCUCGACAUAUACUCUUUUAGUCCUUUUUUGGGCUGAAAUUUAUCAUCAGGCAAGGAGUUUACCAACCGAUAAGCUCAAGAUGAUUUAUAUUUCAAUAAACGCUGCCUUGUAUAUUAUCCAGAUUUUUAUUUGGAUAUACCUCUGGAUAGAUGACAAUAGCGUUGUGGAGUUCUUUGGAAAGACUUUUGUUGCAGGUGUGUCAUUUGUAGCUGCACUAGGCUUCUUGCUUUAUGGAGGAAGAUUAUUUUGCAUGCUGAGGCAUUUCCCAAUUGAAUCUAAAGGGAGAAGAAAGAAACUUCAUGAGGUCGGAUCUGUUACAGCCAUCUGUUUCACCUGCUUUCUAAUUCGAUGUGUUAUGGGUAUUUUGUCUGCAUUUGAUUCAGAUGCAUCUCUAGAUGUUUUGGAUCAUCCUAUUUUGGACUUGGUCUACUACAUGCUGGUUGAGAUCCUGCCUUCAGCUUUAGUCCUCUACAUCUUGCGCAAAUUGCCCCCGAGGAGAAUAUCAGCACAAUAUCACCCUAUUCACUAG